CGUCAAAGCAAGGAUGGCAGGGCCAACAAAGGGCAGGCGGCCGAGCCCCCUGAUUGACAGAAAGGACUCCCUCGCCCUGCUGACCAUUCGGACCUACGAGGCCAAGGACGAGGAGUACGUCAAAUCCCUCCUGUUUGCACACGCACGCUCCCAGAUAUGGCCGGCCGUCAAGUUCUUCACCUUCCGCAACAUGCAGGUCACAUAAGAAGCAGGGAGGGAUGGAUGGAUGAUGCUGUGACUUGUCUGUGUGUGUGUUUGUGUGCAGGAGUGGCUGAUUCUGUUUGUGCUGUUCAAGCUCUAUGUGUCCUUUGUGGAACUCCUGAUCAUAUUUGGGCUCUUCGUCAUCUGGCUCUUCAUACGAGCAAAGGUCGCUGACAAAUAAGCACUAUAGCACGCUGCGUCAGGCCCCCUCUCACUCUGUGUGUGAUGCGUUGGCUGCUUCUCUGUCUGUCCUGAGGACAGUGGGAGUUCGAGUCGUACAUCUACACGAGCUGCCACGACCUCGACGACAUUGACAACAUCUACCUCAAAGAAACAGGGUCACACUUCUGGGUAAGGUAAAGGACACAUACAUGGCAUGCCUUCGAUGCUGCAGAGAUGAUAUACCGAUAGAUUUAUUCUGCCCUCUCCGCCGCUCUCAGGUGGCUGAGGUGCCCCUGCCUUCGGCGGCCUCGCACCUCAAGUCCAAGCCCUCACAACACGGUCACAGUGAGGAUGAGGACCGGAUGAUCGUCGGGUGCAUUGCCGUCACGCCCUCGGUCGAGGAGCCACGGCGGGUGGCGCAGGUCAUGCGACUCGUCGUGGCACAACAGUCCAGAAGAAUGAGAGUCGGUACGCACGCAGAACGACCUACCGACCACCCAGCCACGUGGCUUCGAUGUGGUGUGUGUAUGUCGGUUUGUGAUGGCAGGCACAUCGAUGCUAAAGGAGCUGGAGGCCUUUUGUCUGAAGGGCGGCUUUGAGGAGAUCCGGUUCUGGGCCAACAACCUCAGGCCAGAAGCCAUCAGAUUCUGUACUUGAUAGGCACAACACAGACAGACAGACAGACAGUUAGUUGGCUGGAUAUGUGAGUGACUUCCCUGUCUUCCAGAUGAGUCCAAUGGCUACGAGAUCCUGUCCAUCCACCAGCGCAAUCUCAUGCGCGGCGAUCUGGUGCUCCUCAGACGACUCCUCGCCGGGACCAAAAGCGACCUGUCGCCUUCCUUACGACACGCCGAUAGCACAUUCUAGGCGUACCGACGGUUGGUUUCUACCUUUUUUUUCUUUUUGAGAGUGCGGUGCGACACACGUGCAGGGAGGGCAUCGACAGCACGCACAUGUAUGUAUGGAUGGAUGGAUGUACAAUUACUAGGUGGGUCGGAGGCGGCUGCGUUUCUCGCGGGUGUGCUUUUUCGUUUGUCGGGCGGGCGGGCGGGGCAUGGACACACACCUGUAGAUUGAUUGACUGGCUGACUGACUGGAGACGGGCGCUGCCCGUGUGUGGACGCUAGCCAGCCAAUGUGAAAUUGCUGACAGAGAGAUCUUGUCCACCAGUCAAUCA